AUGAGAUUGGUCGUUCUGUUCUUUUUCCUCACCACACUUGUACCCAUUACAAUAUGCGCCAGUUCCAAGUUCGUACUCAGCGCCGAAGCCAAACAGAAUAUUCGAAAAAUCACAAGAAGACAGAACACCAUCGUCCAGAAUCUCUGCGGACGGAUACCGGACCCAAGCACUAAGUAUCGACUACUGAUUGAUGACGGGAAAUCAGCACGCCCUGGACAGUUUCCGUGGUCCGUGGGGUUUGUUGUGUAAGUUUUAUGUUCUAUAUGAUAUUUGGCUUCUAUGAACAUUAUGAAAAGGUUUUCGGAUAGUUUCAAAAAUCGUGUUUAUUAUGAAAAAUUUUGACAAAAAAUUGUUUUCAGAGGAAUAUUCAACCACGAAAAGUGUAGUGGAACGUUAAUUUCUGACCGCCAUAUAAUUACUGCAGCCCAUUGUUUCUACUCGUACUCUGAUAUCAACCUGCCUUGCAAGUAAGUGCAAUUUACAUCUGCUUUUUAAGCUUCUUUAACUAUACCUCCACAACAUCAAUAUCAAAAUUGAGCAUUUAUACUUUUUAAAUGAAAAUCUAGUUUUUUUUUACCUCCAUGCCAAUCUUUAAAACAACUAAAACUAUUUUCAACAUUUCAGAGGUCCAAAAGAAAAGUCGGUCAAAGAUCUUUCAGUCAACAUUGCCGGAGUUUGUCUCCGCGACGGCACAAAGUGUAGCGACGCUGACGGAAUCAGACGGAAAAUCAAACAUUUUGCUGCUCUCGACUCCUUCAACAGUGACAAGUGCGUAAAAGGCAAUGAUUUGGCAAUUGCUGAACUUGAUCGACCAGUACAGCUCACAAAACACGUGCUGCCCGCUUGCUUACCCACACAGGAUCAGAAAAUUGUCAAGAAUCCGGAUUACAAGUUCUAUAGCACUGGAUUCGGGAGGAAGACUAGCGAGUCAUUUGCAUCAAGUUUGUACUAUUUUGCGUCCAAAAUUGUCAAGUACUUUACACCUGAUAUUAUUUCGGCCAAAUCAACGGACCAAAAGGCGAGGAUAUGCGGGGUAAGAAGCAAUCUUUGAACUGGUCUACUAUAAUAUAAACCCAAAAAUAUAGUAAUAACUCUAAUAAACUAGAAAAAAACAUGUUAACAACUUUCAGGGUGACAGUGGUGGUGGUAUGUUGGCCAGAAAGAACCACGGACCUUUUUACGUGCUUGGAAUUCACUCAUUUGCCAAGGAGUGCGCACCUGACGAUGAUGACAUUGAAUACAUGAGUACUCUCGUCCAGAAUCACACCGUACAAAUCUGCAAACUCACCGGAAUAUGUCCCUCCUAUGCUCCAGAUCAAUAA